GGCUGGAAUAGAAGUCGUCAUCUUUACCUGUCUUCCCGCCAACGUUCACCCUCGUACUUCUCUCUGAGAUAUUCUUCCCACUGCAAUUCCCGCCUUCUACACACACAUACAUACCACUCAUCUCGUAUUCUACACCCACCACCACCACACUCUACACAUUGCAUAAUCUAUAAUGGCAUUUCGUCGCCCAACCAACGGCCGAUCGCCGCUCGUUAAUCCACAACGUCAAAUCACCUCUUUCUUCUCCAAAUCACCAUCAUCAAUCUCCUCCCUUUCUCCUUCCCAGUCACCAUCCCCUCUUCUUUCUAACUCUAAUUCGAACUCGAACUCUAAACUUAAACCUAAAACUAAACCUAGCCCUACAACCCCAUCCCCUUUGCAAACCACAAGCAGUAAGAAACCGGUCUUGGUUAUUGGUCAAUCUUCUUCUAUUCCCGCUUCCGAUGCCCAAAACCCUAGAUAUGGCGACGAAGUAGUUAAUCGAAGGAUCAAGGUUUACUGGCCACUGGACAAGGCUUGGUAUGAAGGCUGUGUCAAAGCUUUUGAUAAGAGUUCGGGUAAGCAUUUGGUUCGGUAUGAUGAUGGUGAAGAGGAGCAUUUGGAUUUAUCUAAAGAGAAGAUUGAGUUGUUAAAGGAGCUGGCUAAAAGGUUCCGUAGGUUGAGGAAGUUUUCCAUUGAAGACGAAGAUGACGAUGAGGCUGGAGGCGGUGCCGAGGGGAACGUGGAUAAGAAUGUGGAAAGUGGAGGAGAUGAUUCCGAUGAUGAGGAUUGGGGAAUGAAUGUCGAAAAGGAAGCUAUUGAUGAUGAAAUGGAGGAUUUAGACUUGGUAGACGAGAAGGAGGAAGAGGAGGAGGAGGAAGUGGAAGAAAAGAAGGCAAUAAAGCCGGACUCCAAAAAGCGGAAGGUUUUUGGAAUGAAAUCAGCCUCUGUUAAGAAAAUCAAGAACGAGGCUCCGUUGGAUUUAAGCCCGUGCAAUUUGGAGCAUAAAACCAAUAAUAACAUUGCAGGUGCGAAGCCAUCUGCUUUUGUUGACAAUGAUCUUGUUGGCGAUAAAGCUGAAAGAUUUACCACAAGAGAAGAAGAGAAGUUCAAAUUUCUUGGGAAAGCCCGGAAGGAUGCCAAGAAGAGAUCCCCUGAUAAUGAAAAUUAUGAUCCAAGAACUCUAUACUUGCCUCCUGACUUUUUGGAGAGUUUAUCAGGUGGCCAGAGACAAUGGUGGGAGUUUAAGUCACAACAUAUGGAUAAGGUUAUAUUUUUUAAGAUGGGAAAGUUUUACGAGCUCUUCGAAAUGGAUGCACAUGUUGGAGCAAAAGAACUUGAUUUGCAAUAUAUGAAGGGAGACCAGCCUCAUUGUGGAUUCCCAGAAAAGAACUUUGCACUAAAUGUAGAGAAGUUGGCUUGCAAGGGUUACCGUGUUCUGGUUAUUGAGCAGACAGAGACACCUGAUCAGCUUGAGAGGCGUCGCAAAGAGCAGGGUACUAAAGAUAAGGUUGUGAAACGGGAAAUAUGUGGAGUAGUCACUAAAGGAACAUUGGUUGAUAGAGAAAUGGUGGCAGCCAAUCCGGAUGCUUCUUACCUGUUUGCGGUUUCUGAAUGCCAUCAAGCAUCAGGAGACCAACAGGAUGAUAGGACUUAUGGUGUUUGUGUGGUUGAUGUUGCUACAAGCAAGAUCAUGAUAGGACAGUUUGGAGACGACACAGAGUGCAGUGUGUUGAGCUGCCUAUUGUCCCAACUAAGACCAGUGGAAAUCAUAAAACCUUUCAAAUCACUCAGCCCUGAAACUGAAAGAGUACUACUAAGACAAACAAGAAGCCCUGUCAUAAAUGAGUUGAUACCACUUGAAGAGUUUUGGGAUGCAGAGAAAACUAUGUGUGAAGUGAAGGAGAUUUAUAAGCGCAUCAGUAAUCAAUCAUGUUUGAAUGAAUCCAUGUCAUGCUCAUCUGAUAGUAAGGAUUGCCUACCAGAAGUACUCUCUGACCUAAUGAAUACAGGAAAUGUUGGUAGUUAUGCUCUGUCAGCCCUUGGGGCCACUCUGUUCUACCUGAGAAAGGCCUUCCUGGAUGAGUCGUUGCUUCGAUUUGCAAAGUUUGAGCUACUUCCAUGUUCUGGAUUCAAUGAUUCCACCAUAAAACCAUACAUGGUUCUUGAUGCAGCUGCUCUAGAGAAUCUUGAAGUUUUUGAGAACAGUGUAAAUGGAGACUCUAAGGGGACAUUGUAUGAGCAACUAAAUCGUUGUGUGACAGCAUUUGGGAAGAGGUUGCUUAAAACAUGGCUUUCUAGACCUUUAUAUCAGAUAGACUCAAUCAGGGAACGCCAGGAUGCUGUAGCUGGUGUAAAGGGAGUUAGCCUGCCUCAUGCUCUUGAAUUUCGUAAAGAGCUGUCCAAGCUUCCAGACAUGGAGCGGUUGUUGGCACGCAUCUUUUCUUGCAGUGAAGCUAAUGGUAGGAAUUCGAGCAAAGUGGUUCUGUAUGAGGAUGCAUCAAAGAAACAACUUGAACAGUUCAUAAUGGUUCUCAGUGGGUGUGAAGUAAUUAUAAAUGCAUGCUCCUCGCUAGGUGUCAUUCUGGAAAACACUGAUUCUAGGCUGCUGCAUCACCUGUUAGCACCUGGUAAAGGUCUUCCGGAUGUUGAUGGCCUUCUUAGGCAUUUCAAGGAUGCUUUUGAUUGGAUGGAGGCAAAAAGUUCAGGGCGUAUAAUACCUCGUGAUGGGGUUGAUAAAGAAUACGACACUGCUUGCGGAAUGGUUUCAGAUAUUGAGUUUAGUCUGAAAAAGCAUUUGAAGGAACAGAGAAAACUACUUGGAGAUCCAUCAAUCAAUUAUGUUACUGUUGGAAAGGAUACAUAUCUUCUUGAAGUAGCUGAAAGUUUGUCUGGUAGCGUUCCUUGUGAGUAUGAGCGUCGAUCAUCUAAGAAGGGUUUUGUCCGAUACUGGACUCCUGAAAUUAGGAAUUUGAUGAGGGAGCUGUCAGAAGCUGAAUCUGAGAAGGAGUCCAAGUUGAAAAACAUCAUGCAGAGGUUGAUCGGGCGGUUUUGUGAGCAUCAUGUGAGCUGGAGAAAGUUGGUUUCUACAGCUGCAGAACUUGAUGUCCUGAUCGGCAUAGCAAUUGCAAGUGACAUGUAUGAAGGACCAACAUGUCGUCCGCUUAUAGUGGAUCUGGAUGGGGAUGAAGCACCGGUUGUUGCUGCUAAAAGUCUAGGGCAUCCUGUGCUUGGAAAUGAUAGUCUAGGGGAUGGCAGUGGCAACUUUGUCCCAAAUGAUGUUUGUAUUGGUGGGGCCGAUCAUGCCAGAUUUGUCGUGCUUACUGGUCCUAACAUGGGUGGAAAGUCUACUCUUCUGCGUCAAGUUUGUUUAGCACUGAUUUUGGCACAGGUGGGGGCAGAUGUGCCUGCGCAAAGCUUUAAGAUGUCUCCGGUUGAUCGCAUCUUUGUGAGGAUGGGUGCAAAAGACCAUAUUAUGGCAGGCCACAGUACAUUUCUAACUGAGCUGCUGGAAACCGCAUCUAUGCUGUCAUCAGCAACGCGUAGUUCAGUUGUGGCAUUAGAUGAACUUGGACGAGGGACAGCAACAUCAGAUGGACAAGCCAUAGCUGCAUCGGUUCUUGAACACCUUGUGAACAAGGUCCAGUGUCGGGGUCUGUUUUCUACUCACUAUCAUCACUUAGCUUUGGAGUAUCAGCAGAUUGACAAGGUUUCCCUGUGUCACAUGGCAUGCCAAGUUGGAGAUGGAGAUGGGGGUGUAGAGGAGGUAACAUUUCUCUACAAAUUGACACUUGGUGCAUGCCCCAAAAGCUAUGGUGUCAAUGUUGCACGCCUAGCAGGACUUCCUGAUGCUGUGCUUAAAAAGGCUGCAAUCAAGUCACAGGAGUUUGAGACAAUGUAUGGUAAAAGGACAAGGACAAACCAAAACCAGAUAGCGCUCAUGUUGCAGAGCUUAAACAAUUGUCAUGGGAAUGGGAAUGGGAUUCUUGAAUUACAGAACAGGGCAAAGGUAUUUUUGGAGCACAAGUGA